AUGAUUGAUCAAAGCCAACGGCGACCAAGCCUCACAUCGCGCCUCGCAACUUCAGAUGCCAGAACUUUAGAUGAGCAAACUGGUGAGCGUCGAGAUAAUACUGCCAUGCUUCAUGAACUGGCUCACUACGGAUCUUUCGAGUCAUUUGACAAUGAGACCAAAUUAAGCGUGGAGAAUUUGCAUGUGCCGGGAGAAAGAAAUAUUUCCAGACUACCUUGCAUUCUCUGGCAGAAAAUUGCAACUUAUCUUUCUCUCUGUGAUAUUGUGUGUCUAGCCACUACUAGUAAAACUCUCCUACAUCGGAUCGGAACAAAACACUGGCAUCUACUUCAAGAACCAGAGUAUGAGGAGGAAAAAAUUAAAUUCCUUAUAACCCUGAAUCAACGACUUCCUCAGCAUCUCUUAUGUUUCCCCUGCGCUAAAUAUCAUAAGCGAACUAAAAUCGGAAAUGAAACUCUUCGACCAACAAUGGUCUUAAACCCACUCUUUGAGUGCGCCAGCGUUGGAAGGUACGGAAAGACCCAGCCAAAAAUACGGUUGACACCUGGCCAUACACUCCCCUUUUCAUUUGUCCAGCUUGUGACUCGAGCUCACAAUUAUACGCCUAGUCACGGCAUUCCUGUUCUGGACCUUUGUCGCCGCUACAAAGAUCGCGAAGGUGGAUGGAAUCACCAGACUCGUUACUACAUCCAUCAGGGACACCUUUUGCUUCGAGUCAUAAGUCAAAAAUUUGCCGCGUCAGGUCUCCCAGUUAGCGGCCAACGUCACCUUCUUUAUUCAAGGGAAGAUUAUAAGCCAUACUUCUCUUGCUGUUCGCAUUGGCGUGAUGGGGACCUAAUGGAUAUCUGUAAAUGUGCUUUAUCACAUAUUACUGAUCCGUAUCAGAUGACAUUAAAGCAGUCUACUAUACAGCGGUCGCCAAGUUCUAGUCUCCUAGGAUCUCUGUGUUCCUUUUGCAGGCCUAUGCGCCGCUGUCCAGAAUGCCCUACUGAAUACUUGGUAGAGCUGAAGCUAUCCGAGGACAUAAAAGAUCCCAUUUUUCGAUUUAAACAAAGUAUCGUCAUCACUAGAUGGAGUGACUUGGGCAGUGGAUUUUCGCCGUCACAGGAAUGGUCAGCUGUGAAUGGUGAGGCUGCCUACGAAUCGUUUGCUAGACUUGGAAAACGAGCAAUCUCGGCAACCUUCGAGGCACAGUCGGGUGUGGCAAUACCAGGGCAGCGACUUAUUUCUCUCAACCCCAAAAACUUGAAGCGCAGCGAAAAAGCUAACGAUUGGUACUAA